GCUCCCGGCCGCCUCCGCUCCGGGAACCUCUCCGCCCCAGCCCGGCGGGACGUGCCACGGAGGAGGGAGAAGUCGGCUCGGCUCUUCCAGCUCGGAGCGUCCUCCGUCCGCCGGGAGAAGAGCUGCUGGAGAGGCGCUGACGAUGCCCCAGGUGCAGGCAGAGGGACUCCGGGGCAGCUGCGACUAAUGACGACCACCUCCCGCGCAAUGUUCUAUGGGUCGCCGCCGGCCAUGUCCCCACCGUCCAAAAACAAGUUCAAGCGACAGAGUAGGAUAUUUUCCCAGGUCUUGUACCGGACGCUGAGCUACAAGGACCGCAGUUCAGUGGCCACUUACCCCGUGGAGAGCAAGGAUGACCCAGCGGAGCUCUCCACCCAGAUCUCGGCGCCAGGGGUGCUUAAGGUAUUUGGGGGCCACAUCUGCGCAGGCACCCACUACAAGAGCGUCCUGGCCACGGGGAGCUCGUGCGCUCGGGAGCUGGUGAAGGAAGCGCUGGAGCGCUACGGGCUGAGCCAGGUGAGCGCCGCCCAUUACGUCCUCUGCGAUGUCAUUGGGAGGUUUACGGGCUCGGAGAAGCAGUGGCAGAUGGAAGGGCUGAGGGUCCUCUGGGACAACGAGAAACCGCUCCUGAUCCAGGACCUCUGGAAGCCUCGGGAGGGGUUCUCCAGGAGGUUUGAGCUCCGGAAGAGAUUGGAAGUGGAGGAGUUGGCAGCCCGGGACAAAGACACAAUCACGGCAGGGAUAAAUGCCCAGGCCCGGAAGCUCCAGCGGAACCACGCCAAAGGCGCCAUGACCCUCUUGACGGGAUGCAAGGGCCACGCCACGCCGCCCACCCUGCGCCGCACCGUCAGCGAGACCAGCCUCAGCCAGGCCGAAGGGGAGCAGGAGCACCUGAAGAGGCACUACUCCACCUUGCCGGAGACCCUUCGGUGCCUGGAGAGCGCCGGGGAGGAGCGGCCGGUUCCCCUGGAGGAGCAGAACGGCAGCCUGCGCUAUUCCCUUUACCAGUCGCCGCACCUGCUGCUCCUGCAAGGCUACAGCCAACAGCACGACAGCCUGGUGUACAUGCUGAAUCGUGAUCAACACACCGUAGGCCAAAGGACUCAGGCCAGCAAGGCCAGCAUCAGCCUUUCUGCUCCGGACAUCCUCCCACUUCAUUGCACCAUCCGGAGGAUCAAGGUAUCUGGCCGCUCCCACCGUCGCUCAGAAGAGAAGCUGAUCCUGGAGCCCAUCCCGGGAGCCAGUGUCUCCAUCAACUUCUCCGAAGUAGGGAGGACCGUUGUCCUCCACCACGGAGACUUGAUUUCCCUUGGGCUUUAUUACUUGCUGCUCUACAAGGACCCUUUGAAAACCCAGCCACUGCCGGCUCAGACACUCAUGAGGCUCAAAGCUGUGCGCCGGGCCUCGGAACCAGAGCUGUCGUCAACAUGCAAGUUGUGCGGCAACCAGGUCAAAGACAACAAGGCCUCCUCCUCGUCUUCCUCCAAGAAGCCAGGGCCCCAGCCUACCUCCAGCCGGAGAGGCGGGCGGAGGAAACUGCAGCUGGAGUUUGACAAAGCCAGCGAAGACUUGCUGCUGAGAAGAAUCGUGGGCCUCAUCGAGCCCACUGGUGAUGACCACAAGCUGACGCCGGCCUUCCUGCUGUGUCUUUGCAUCCAACAUUCGGCUCACCACUUCAAGCCAGGAGAGUUUGGACAGCUGCUACUUAAGUCAGCCAAGAUGAUCCAGAGGACCGUGUGGGAGAAAACGAAUGAGCUCGCUGAGAAGCAGUCCCAACACCAGGAUCCAGCAUUGCUCUCCGACUUCACCAUCACGGACCUGCUGCCCGACUUGCAGCACGUUCUCUUCUGGAUGUCGAACUCCAUUGAAAUCCUGUACUUUGUCCAGCAGAAAUCUCCAGUCUACAUUCAGAACAUGGAAGAGGAACUGGACAUCAAAGGCUCCAAGGAGUCCCUCUUUUCCCUCACCAUAACCACCAGCGAGGAAGCCAUGACGGUCCUGGAGGAAGUCAUCAUGUAUACCUUCCAGCAGUGUGUCUAUUACAUCUCCAAGUCUCUGUAUGUAUCCUUGCCCGCCCUGUUGGAAUGCAACCCCUUCCAAAGCGAAGGCCGAGACGGCUGGCUCUCGUCUCCCCCGGUCCCCGAGGAGAUCCGCAAAGUUGUGCUGAUCUAUCAGGCCACCCUGGACCUCCUUCACCAGUACGACGUGCACCUGGAAAUUGCCUCCCAGAUGUUCGCCUACCUGUUCUUCUUCUCCAACACCCUGCUCUUCAACCAGCUCAUGGAGAAAGGCUCCGCCUUGGGCUGCUUCCAUUGGUCGAAAGGAGUGAGGGUGCGAGCGACGCUUCGGCUCCUCCUGGAAUGGGCGCAGAGUGUGGGCUUUGGGCCACUGGCCGACCAGUUCUUCAGCAAGCUCUCCAGCGUGGCGGGCCUGUUGGCCAUGCCGAAUUCUCAGCUGGUGCAGAUGACCUGGUCCAUGCUGAGGGCCGACUUUCCAUCACUGAAUGCUGCUCAGCUGUAUCACAUCCUGACCCAAUACCAGGCCUCGUCUGAUGUGGGGUGCGUACCUGUCUGGCAACCUGGAAAGGAGGACAGCCUUUCAGCCUUCAGGACAGAGGACAUCCUGGAGUCGUUUGACAACCACCCCCCGAUCAUGCUGCCCAGCGGAGGGUUCAGGGUGGACCUGGAGGUGGAGCAUCUGGACGACAACAUUUAUCGGCACCUCCUCUACAUCCGACACUUCUUGUGGAGCCUGCGCAGCAAAAGCCCCCAUCCCAGCGAUUCACCGGAAGUGGAAGACUCCCCCAAGGCCGAAGCCGUCAGCUGUCAACCCGCCCCCCAGCCGGCUCUGGAGGUGCCGAAGGCUUUGCUGGCCGUGGGGAGCUCCUUCCGCCAGGUGAGACGCCGGCGGCCACUGAGCUGUGCUGAGCCCCGGAUGGAAGGGGGCCUCCCCCCCGCCACGGGCACCAACGGAUCCGCUCGGGAGUCCCACGCCAGCGAGAGGCAGCAAGCCCAGGGGGGCCUCCAGCAGCCACGGCUUCCGAGCCCGCAAGGGAAGGCCGGCGCCAAGGCGGCCGUGACUGCCGCAGACCCCUCCUGCUUGCUGACCCCACCCCACACGCCUCUGACCUUGGACACUGUGUGUCUCGAACUGACGCUGGAGACCACCCCUGGGAAAGCCACCGCGGACCCCCGGCGGAACGGCCUCAGUGGCGCCAAAACCACCACCCCUGAAGGCUCUUCGCCGACCCCCUACGAUUUCCCCACUCCAGCUUCUUCCAGCCGCAGCUCAGCCACGGAUGAUUUCUGCUACGUCUUUGUGGUGGAGUUGGAAAAGGGGCCCAUCGGCUUGGGGAUGGGGCUGAUUGACGGCUUGCACACGCCUCUGAGUUCUCCCGGGAUCUACAUCCGGACGCUCAUCCAGGACAGCCCUGCGGCCUGCGAUGGCCGGCUCUCCAUCGGGGACCGCAUCCUCGCUGUCAACGGCACCAGUCUCAUUGGCUCCGACUACCAGAGCGCUGUGGACCUCAUCCGGUCAGGAGGGAAGAGGCUGCGGUUCCUGGUGGCCAAGUCUGACCUGGAAGUGGCCAAGAAAAUCAGCUUCAGUGCUUCUCCUUCUCCCUAAGCUUGUCCGGUGGAGCGAGCCCUCCCCGCGCCCUCUGACAGCAGAGGAUGCGUCGAGACGAACCACGCUGGCUGCUGGUGCAGGCGGAGGACAGGCCUGGAUGUCAGGGACCGUGGAAGUAGGAGGGAGAGGAGCCCUUUCCGCCCCAAGCGAGAAGGCCGGCCAGCAUGCAGUACUUUCUGAGAAGACGACAGCGGUCUCGGUCUCCGGGCAACUGCUCACAAGCACCGCGGCGUCAACCCUCCGACUGAAGGACCCCCUUCGACUUCUUUGCCUGACGUGUCGGUCCUCUGCACUGCCCAGAAUCUCUUCCCUCUGGGUCUUGCUCAUCUUAGAGCCCGUCGUCCCGUCCCCCCCACGCUGGCCCUCCCCUUUUCUCUCUCCUAACAGACCUGCCUGCAGAGUAGCUGCUCAUUCCAAACCCCAAAGAAAGGGCAGCUCAGAUUGACCACAUUCUUAUAUUAUUAUUGUUGUUGUUGUUUUGUUUCCUGCCUGUGCUCUGGACUCCCCGACAUGUGCUGAGCUGCUGGCAGUGAGAGUUUGAAGGAGACGGGGAUGGAAGGCCAACAGAACGGCGAUCGAAGACGACGGACUUCAUGGGGCCAGUGGGAUGUGCCCCUCGCUCCCAGCUGGAGCAUUUCACGACCGCUGGGGGUCUUGCACUUCCCCACCGAUGCCCAUCAUCCUCCACUUGCAGGACCCUCCCAGCUUCUUGCCAGCAGCGGCCGUAGUGUGCGGAAGUUGAAUUGGCGCCUCUUCCAAGGAACUUGCGACGUCUCUGUUUGGUCAACCGUGGCAAGAAAGAGCUGCAGAGAGAGGAGCCUUUCGAAAAGGGGACUGAAUUCUUCGUUCCGAGUCGCACGUUACUCCGGGGAAGGGAGGUGGCAGAGGGCGACAGGAGUGGCCAGAGAGCUAAGACGUUUGGGAAGUUGGUUUGGGAGGUUCUGCCUGCACCAAUUCAGGGAGGCCCACUUUUUAGAAAGAAAGAAAGAAAGAAGUGCAGAAAGAGUAGAUCUCAACAGCUGCAGCUCUUACGGAUAAUCUCCUAGCACUGCUUGAGGGGUCGGCGGGGGGCAGGGUAGUUUGUUCAAACAGUGCUCAGCGAUGCAACUCACUGGGUGACCUUGAGGAAGCAGCUUAGAGCGGCAGGUUCCCGGAAGCGGCUGGACUACAACUCCCACCAACCACAGCCACACUGGCCCGGUGGAUGAUGGGAGCUGUAGUCCAAGCUCAUUCGGGACCCCAAGUUUGGCUAACGUGUCAGGAUGGUUGCAAGGAUACAACGAGGGUGGGCAAACUCAUGCUCUGCUGCCCUGAGCUCGCUGGAGGAAAGGCAGGAUGAAGAUGCAACCAAUUUUUCAAAUACUACUAAAUACGCCUCUGUGUGUGUGUGUGUGGGGGGGGGGGUGUCCAAGGCUGAUUUCGGCCUGUUAUGCACCUCUUAAAGUGGCAGUCUCCAGCCACAAGGGAGAGGUGCCAUUCCUGAAGGUGAGCCUGGCCUGGUCCCCCUUGCUCUGGGGUGCCAUAAAGGGCCCUAUCAGGAGGACGCCGCCCGCUUCAACAGCAUCACUCAGAGGUGUCUACUAGCAGCUUGCAGGCAGCUGAGGACACUGAAAGAGGUCUGGCUCCCAACUCCACGUUCUCCUCCUCGGAAUGAAAACCCCACCAGGAAUUCCUGCCUUCUCAGCCACCAGCAGCCUCAGAGCCGCGGCUGGAAAGGCAGGUCUGCCACCUUGCGGCCAGCUGCCUUCUUUGCAUGCAGAAGGGCCCUUCGAGAGGGUUUUCCAAGCCAGCUUUUUGCAGGCCGGGCGCAGCCAAUGGGUGGACGAGGUAUCCGUCCCAGGCUCCCCUAGCAACAACCAACACGCUCGCCUCGCCGUGGUCCCACCUCCCCAAUGCAGGCACUGCUGCAAAAACAGACCUGAAGGAAAACGAAUUGGGAGUCCCUUAGUUAGGUCAAGUGUGCUGUCGAUCCGUGGCGCCCACAGAGCCCUGUGGUUGUCUCUGGGAGAAUACAGGAGGGGUUGACCAUGGCCUCCUCCCGUGCAGUGUGGAAUGAUGAUGCCUUUCAGCAUCUUCCUAGAUCGCUGCUGCCCGAUAGAGGUGCUUCCCAUAGUCUGGGGAACAUCCCGGCGGAGAUUCGAACCAGCAACCUCUGGCUUGAGAAUCAAGUCAUUUCCCCACCGUGCCAUGAAGUGGCUUAGUUGCUUAGUUAUCACCGGUGUAUUCCCCAGCCAAUCACUGUGGACCCGGGGAAGGGUAUCUCACCUGGCCAAGGGAAGAAAGUUAUGCACACACGUUCCAAAAGCAGGGAUGCGUGGGGCAGACGAGAGGUUGCAGGCUAUUUCAAGGGACCCUGAAAGCAAAGGUGGUGACUUCACAGCUGCUGGCCAAUCCACGCCCACACAGCCAUCUCUAAAAUUGAGGCAAUCGCAUUGCCCCCACUUAAAAAACAACAACUCUCCAUCAGGCAAACCUCUCAACUUUUUCUGGAUUGUCUCAGCUCAUUUCAAGCUUUCUGUGAUGCUGAGGGAGCUAAGCACCUAAGAAGGAUCCUGCCCAUCAGCCCAGGAUGCUGCUUCUGGGAGGUUGGCAAGCAGGCGAUGAAGGUAACAGCCCUCUUCUGUGUGUCCCCCCCCCCACUAACAUGUUCAGAAGCAGCACACUGCCUCUGAACAGGGAGGCUCUCUUUUGCCAGCAUGUGUUGAUAGCCCCAUCCUCCGGGGGGUGGAGUGUCAAACAUCCUUUGAACUGUAUCUUGGGGUGGGCUGCAUUUCUGCUCCCAGGACACAGCCUCCUCGCCUCCCCGUUCCCAAAUAGUACAGCAAGACUAUAGCUUGCCUCUUUCAACAAUCAGUAUUCACCGGCUAGAGUUGCCAUUGUUGGCUAGAGUUUCCAACAAUCAGCAUUCACUGGCAGGCAUGGGAUAAGACCCCCGCCAAGAACCCCGGGAAUGGGGUUCCUCUGGGCCAGGGAUUCCCAAGCGGAAGGCCACUGUGGCUGGGGAUGAUGGGAGUUGUAGUCUGGCAUCAUGGCAUUUUAUCUAGAAGUGAGACGUUAACGAGACUCUCCACUCUGCCUUUCCUCUGUAACGAGCAUCCUUGGCUAGUUACCUUGAAAGAGGCCUGUUUGCUCUCAGGAGCUGGGAGGGGCAAUGGACUUCCAAUUUUCUGUUGGAAAAUUGAUAGUCCUGUGAUUUAAGGUGUAUAUAGUUAUAAUAUUGCAGAAGUGUUAUAAGGAACAAGGCCAUCAGCCCGAGGCUGGUGUGCUCAAAUGACUCUCCGGCGUCAAAGAACAAACCGGCCCCAGUAAAAUUUGCAACUGUUGUAA